UCACCUUAUCAAUUUUUGAAAUUUCAAAAAUAAUAAUGGUUUUUUUAUCAUUUGACAAUUAUUAAAUGACUUAAAGUAAACAUAAACUUUCUUUCAUAAUGAAUUGUAUUUACUUUAAAUUUAUAGGUUUACAUUUUCAAACAAAAUUACAUAUAACAUUAAACAAAUUAUUUUUUUCACAUUCAACCGUUUCAUUGAAAAAUAAAUGUGGUUCAAAAGGUCCUCCAUGGCGUGUUAUGUUUUUUGGCAAUGAUGAUUUUUCUGUUAAAAGUCUCCAGAUUCUGACAUCCAAAAUGUAAUCACAUUAUAUUCAUCAAACAUAUUUGUUAAUUUAAUAAAUAAAUUAAUGAAUAUUACCUACCUAUAACAAAAAUUACAUAUAUUUUCCAAUUAAGAAUUAUUUAUUAAUUUGUUUAAUUUGUAUUAUAGGAGAACACAGACUAUCAUCUCCAAGUUAGAUGUUGUGACAACAUCCAAGGGAAAUAGUAGACAUGUCAGGCAUGUUGCUAAAGAAGAAAAAUUAAAUAUAUAUGAUUGGCCUGUUACUGAAACGUGUUUAAAUGGAAAUUAUGAUAUAGGAGUGGUUGUCUCGUUUGGACAAUUAAUACCAGAAAAGAUUAUAAAAUGUUUUCCACUGUAAGAAUACAAUAUAAUUUUUAAACAUUGUAGUAUUACCUAUGUAUACAUUUUGAUGAAUGAUUUUAGUGAUAGGAAUAAUUAUACAUCACAACCACAUCAAUUUAAAAUAGUAAAUCAGUAUGUGGUAAAUUGUGUUUUAAUAUUUUAAACAUUAAUUUUAUCUUGAAGCUAUUGAUAAAAUAUUAUGUUAAAUCAUUUAACAAACAUUGUUAGGUUAUGAUAUUUUCAAUAUUGUCUUUAAAUUUAAUAUUUUACAAUUUAAUGUAAUUUAGGUCAUAAAACCUUAGAAAAAGUAUUUUGAACCAAAAAUGUAAACAUCCAAUUAUCAAAAAAUCAAAUUUAAUUUCUUUGUGUGUAGUAGGUGAGUUUAGAUGUUUUAUUUUUUUCCAUAAUUGGAGUGAAUUCUGAGAUAUUAUUUAUAAUAUCGGUAAUAGCAUUCAAAUAUAUGUAUGUAUAUUUAAAUUUUUAAAAAUUUUUAUUUGUUUAUGGACUUAUUGACCACUUACUGAUUUUAUUAAAUUAACUUAUUAUCUUGUAUAUAUUAUAUUUAAAAAAAAAUUAUUAAGAGACUAGGUAUAUCAUUCAUAAUAAUUAUCAAAAUUGUACCCUAAUGAAUGAAUUGCUUAAUCAUGUUUCAGAGGAAUGAUAAAUGUACACGCUAGUAUUUUACCUAGAUGGCGAGGAGCUGCACCUAUUGUCUACACAAUACUUAAUGGUGAUUUGACUUCUGGUGUAACAAUAAUGAAAAUUCAACCUCGUAGGUAAAUUUAGUAAAUAAUACUAUUAAAUACUACUAUGUACUAUUAUUUUAUUGUGUUAUUUAUUUAUUUAUUUAUUCAAUAAUUGUUUAUAAAUUCUAUUGAGAUGCAAUUUCAAAAUAAUAUUACUACUAAUUAGGUUUAUUCAUUUUAAAUAUAAAAUAAGAAUAUUAUCAUAGUAUGUUUAUUUAAAUAUAGAUUAUGUGAUUUGUGGAUACAAAUGGGAUAGUUAUCUUGAUUUCAUCAUUUAAAUAAAUCACAGACAUUUGUUUGCAAUGAUUGUCUUUUAGGGUAGAGUGGCUUUUAUUUUUGAAAUUGAAAAUUUUAAGGAGUGCCCCCCAGAAAUUGAUUCCAAUUAAUCAAAAAAUAUGACUCAAAUAAUUUAAGCACAAUUGGAUCUUAUUAAGUGAAUAUUUUUUAUUUUUUUAUUGGCUUAUACAUAAAUCUUAAUACUACAAAAAAUUGUAUUGAAUCUUAAUUGUAGAAUUAGUUAUUUUCUAAAUAAUUUGGUUUUUAUACUUUUUCCUAAUUUAUACUUUUUCCAUUAAAAAUAUUUAAUGUUAUUGAAACAAUUUUAAUUAUUUUAUUUAAUUUAAUUUUCUAUAAUUUGUAUGUAUACAAAAAAUAAUAACACAUCCAAUACAGAUCUUAUUCUUUAUUAAAAAUUAUCUUUACCUGAUAAAACAAAAAAAUAUUUAAAAAUAAUUGUUGAUUAAUUGUCAAAUAUUUUUCUUACCUAAAUCAAAAUUGCACUGAAUUAUCAAAACUUGUUUGAUAUUUUCAUAUAGUAGAAAAUGACAUUAUCCAUCAGCAAGUUUUUAUAUUGUGAAAAAUAUUGUUCGUUGUCCACUCAAGUGAUUGGUGUAUAUUUAAAAUAAUUAAUUUCACUAGCAUUUAAAUUUCCUAAUUAACUCUUAAAACAUAUUUAUAUACUACUGAUUUUUAUGAUAAAACAUAUUUUGAUCAAACAAAAAAAAGUGGCCCGUGCAAAGUAUAGUUUAGUUAAUAAGGUAAAAUUAUAAAUGUGUAGUGUGUACACAAUACAAUAAAUUUGGAUGUGUUAAAGCUGGGUAUUAAACAUGUCAUAUAGUGUUAUUAAUUAAAUUUAUGUUAUUAAAAAAUGUAUUUCUUAGGUUUGAUGUUGGUGAAAUUGUUAGACAACAUAGCUGUACAGUUGAUAAAGAUGAAACAGCUGAGGAAUUAAAAAGGAAACUAGCAGAUAUGGGUGGUCGUUUGUUGGUUGACUGCUUUAAAGAAUUAACUAGGACUUUGAGAUCUGCUGUACCACAACCUGAAACUGGAAUUACUUAUGGUAUAAUAUAAAUAAUAUUGUACAUAUUAUAGUUAUAAUAAUAUAUUAUAUUGUACAUUAUAAAAUGUCAGGUAUUAACUAUUUAGAAAAUAUAAUUUUAGAGUUUUAAACUUUUACUGAAAAUUAUAUAUAUUCACAUUUCUUUAGAAGAAUCAAAAUAUGAAAAAAAAAAAUGUCAUUAAAAAUAAUAAAUAUUGAUACAAAUAAAUCAAAUUUAAAAACAAUUUUUAAUUUUAUUAUGUUCAAUUUAAUUAUUCAUUAUUUUAGAUUUUGAAUGGAGCAAUAUCUUAAAACCAAUGAGUGUGGGGGGAGGUUAUAUUUGAAAAUAUAUUUUAGGGCAAUAAAUAUGUUCAAAAGUUGUUGACAUUUUAUUAUAAAUAGGUUAUUUUCAAAUUAUGAUAUUAUACAAAUGAUGAAAAAUAAUAAGCUCUGAUCAGAAUAAUUUUGUCUAAUAAGAUAAUAAUUAUUGCACUCAAAUGUAAAAUAAUUAAUACAAAUAUCUAUUGUUGAAAUAAAUUAUGUGAAAUGAGGACCCAUUUUCUAUUAUCUGGAUCAUCGUUGAUUUACAUUUAAUAAUAACAUUAUUUGGUUUUAGGGUUUCUAGUGCAUAAUAAUAUAGUAGAUAUAGAAAACUCCUAUAAACUUGUGUUGUUUGUUGCUAUGAACAUGGUAUUAAUAUAAAAUAUGAAACAUUUUAAAGCUAAUAUUAAGAUAUAUUAAAAUAAAGUAUUUAUUUUAAAGACAUUUUAUGAUUGACCUACCUAUGUAUAAAAACUUGAGCGCAUUUGAAGAGUGCUAUAAUUGAUUAAUUAUUAUAAUUUAUCAUUAGAACAAAUAUGUUAAUAAAAAUCUUAUAGUUAAUAUAAAAUAAUAUAUUUUUAGCACCCAAAGUGGAUAAAAGCAUGGCAGACAUUGAUUGGAACGCAACAGACUCUAAUACUGUUUAUAACAAGUAUCGAGCAUUAUGUGGUAUAUGGCCAUUAACAACUACUUGGCAUGGAACUACUGUCAAGUUAUUAAAAUUGUGCAAAUAUCAGAUAUCAAAUUUAGAGAUCCAGUUGAAACCUGGAGAAUUAUUAUAUGAUAAGCAGAGACAUAAAUUAGCUGUUAAAUGUGGUGGUAAAGGAGGGUAUGUGUCUAUUGAAGAACUAAAAAUUCCUGGACAUAGACCAAUGUCAGGAAAAGAUUUUUUUAAUGGUUUCGUAUAUAUGAAAGCGGAAAAUGAAAGAAAAUUUGAUAGUACACUACGAUAACUGGAUUGUAGUAUGUAAAUUUCUCAUUUAUUUUCUAUUUAUAUAACUUUUCCUAGUGAACAUGGUUUUAUAUUAAAAUCAAUGUAUAAAUUAAUAUUUUAGUUACGAAUAAAUUUGUUACAAAGUUU